AUGAAGGAAAAGUGCAGGAUCCAGAUUGAGAAGAGUGCUUUCGUCAUGGGAUGUGUUGACGAGACGGGCACGCUGCGAGGACAUUCCAUUCAGACGGAAGGAUCUCGAGGUAAGAAUAAAGCAGUUCUUCCGCAGAUCUUUCUUCAAAUGAGUGAUCGAAAGUAUGGGAAUAAAACCACGAUUAUCCAAGGCGUCUGCUUCAUUGGUCGCAAUCCAUCGCUACAUGCAGGCGACAUUCGUGUUGUCGAAGCGGUCGACACUCCCUGCCUGCGGCAUCUGAAAGACGUUGUCGUGUUUCCCUCCAAAGGUGAUCGUUCGCUCCCAAGCAUACUUUCUGGGGGUGACCUGGAUGGUGACGAAUAUUUCGUCAUUUGGGAUUCCACGCUUGUGCCCAAAAUCUGGAACUCUCCGCCGAUGCACUCUACACCCGUCACUCCGCAAGACUUGGAGAGGGGUGUCGAGGUGGAUGACUUGCGCAACUUUGCGGUCAAGUAUAUGAAGAAUGACUGUUUGGGUUUUGUUGCAGUCGCGCAUCUCGCGCAUGCGGAUGCUUUGGGCUUGAACCAUCCUAUAUGUUUGCAGCUCGCCAAACUUCACUCGCAGGCCGUCGACUACCUGAAAACGGGUGUGCCCGCAGAAUGGAACAGAGCCAGAUACCAACCAAGCAAAUGGCCGCACUUUAUGCAGAGAAACAGCUGCACGUACCCGUCGCACAAGGCACUGGGCAAGCUCUACAAUCGCGUGGCCGAAGAAAAUUUUGACUACGUUCCCAGCUGCGAGGACGAGUUUGAUUCGAGAAUUACCCAAAGAUUUGACUUUACCGACGAGAUCCUCGCCUCGGCUAGGAACCUCAAGCAGCAGUAUGAUGUGGCUGUGCGGCGUCUGCUGAAGCAGUUCCGCGUCGCGACCGAGUUUGAGCUCUACUCUGGCUGGGCCAUGUCCAAACCGGCCGUCGGCUCAGACUAUAAGCUUCAGGAGGAUCUCGGUCAACAGUUUGACACGGUCAAGCAGCGAUUUCGUGAAAUGUGCAUCCAAGAGGCGGGAAUUGCCGGUGGCAGCAAACUGGAGGAGCUUGUGGCUGCCAUAUACAAGGUGACAGAAGACGAGGCCAAAGAUUUCCUGGCCGAGGCCGAGGCAGAAGGGGAGGCUUUGGAGUACUCGCCCAAGGCCAUGCCUCUCAUUAGCUUCCCGUGGAUCUUUCACUGGGUUCUCGUAAAGAUUGCCAUGGGCCACAGCUACCAACCGAGUAAGACGAGUUUGGCGGCAGCUACUCGUCCAACGCCAAUGGCGACGGCCGCGCCACCUCAACAAGAGGACCAUACUUCUCAAGGAAUUGAUACUCCCUUUGUUGAAGAGCCAAGGAGAUCGAUUGAGGUGCCCAAGGAAGCAGUCAAGGUCGAUGGGGAAGCCGACCUCAUAGAUUUUGACGCUAUCCGCACCGAGCCCGCAACGACAAGGUGCAACACUCCAGAAGAGUCGACCGAGUAUACCCCGUCCCGCAGCGCGGUCUCGAGCCGCAUAGAGGGCAUAGAGUCAAAGGUGAAUCAGCUGCUGCGGCUCUAUGAGGACUCUGACGGGGAUUGA